AUGCCGCCGACACACAUUGAACGAUAUAUUCGUUCUAUAUUUGUACAAAAUAUACCUGCUGGGAUAACAGAAGAUCUUUUCCGACAAAUGUUAAGUCAAUUUGGAGCUCUGAUUCAUUUUCACAUGUUUCUCGAUCCUACGGGAGCGAAUAAUAUGACCGAAUCAGGUUUACAAACGUCAAGAGGUUAUGCAUUUGCUGAAUUUGCAUCGAAUGAAAUCGCCCAAACAGUUAUUGGUAAAUUGAAUGGUCUUGAUCUCGGUGGUUUUCGUUUGCUUGUUGAACUGCUUUCCAAUCAAGCAGAACCAGUGAAGAACUUAUUCGAACAAGUAUGUGCGACGACAACAACGACAGUUACUUCGUUGAACAAGAAUGAUCCUCGUCUUGCAAACGCAACAGCGAUGCAACCUUCACAAGCCUCAGUCAUGACCUUACCAGUAGAAUCUUCGGCACCACCAACAACUACUUCAGCUAAUACUAGUAAUAAAGAAGAACGUGAAUCGAUUUCAAAUGCUGUUGCUUCUUUGCCACCGGCUCAGAUGUUCGAAUUAAUGAAACAAAUGAAACAAUGCAUUGACGCGAAUCCAAACGAAGCAAAAACACUUCUAUCAACUAAUCCCCAAUUGGCAUAUGCACUGUUACAAGCUCAAGUCGUGAUGAGAAUUGUCGAUCCACAAGUGGCUAUGGCAUUGCUUAAUCGUGCUGAUAAAGAUAUUAUUCCAACUCCGACAGAUGUUAGAAAAUCAUCUACAACAACCGCACAACCUACAGCAGCAGUCACCGCUCCACUUCCUCUUCCUGUGACAGGCAAUCCAGCUGUACCAUUCCUAUUUCCGGUCAUUCCUGGUGCACCGUUCUCCAUGCCAAUGAUGCCUUCUAACGCAGCUAACGCUCAACAAGCAGCUGCUGCUCUGUUUCAAGCUGCUCUCCUAUCAGGUCCUGGCAUGUUUCCUGGCGCUCUCAUUCCGCCACCAUUUCCUCCUGUUCAAACAGCAUUUCCACCUCAGAUCAAUCCUUUACCACCACCACCACCAAUACGUACACCCAAUCUUGAUGAGAAUGCUGCUCUUCUUCUAUUACAACUAGAUGAUACUCAACUAGCCCAGUUGCCACCAGCACAAAGCAUGCAAAUUCGUACUUUACGUGAACAAAUCGCUAAAACUGGCCUAUUACCCAAAAUAUAG